AUGGCAUGGCUUCAGAUGUGCGGGGCAUAUGUGAGGUCUUGCAAUGUUUGUGCUCAACGUCAAUCUGCACGAAAACCAAGAAAGGCACCACUACAAACAAUUGACAUAUUGGGGCCUUUUACUGAAAGUUCUGAGGGAAACAAAAAGGUCUUGGUCUUUGCUGACUAUUUUACAAAGUGGCUAGAAUGUAUACCCUUGAAAGAUGAAAAAGCAACAGUUGCCAAAGCUUUGGUUAGUGUUGUCAUCAGUCGUUUUGGUGUGCCAGGUGAAAUUCAUUCAGACAGAGAACGAGAUUUUAUCUCAUCUACCUUUCGGGAAGUGUGUUCAUUGUUGGGAAUUUCCAAAACCUACACCACUCCACGACACCCUCAAAGUGAUGGAAUGGUAGAAAGGCAUAUGAAGGUCGUAGUGGGAGUAAUUAAGUCUUAUCUAGACCCAUUGGCCCACCAGCGUGAUUGGGAUCAGUACUUGCCAUAUGUGUCCAUGGCCUAUCGCUCAUCCGUACAUGCAUCUACAGGGGAAAGCCCAAACUUUUUUUGA